ACGAGGUCGAGAGGCGGCUGGAGAGCAUCGGGUGGGAGCCAUCGUGGCGAUUCGGCAUGUACAAGCAGGCGCACUACCACACCACCACGCAUGAGCUCCUCUGCAUUGUGCGCGGCACGGCGACGAUCCAGUUGGGUGGCACAGACGAGCGCGCAAGGCCAGGACCGGGGCCGUCGUCCGAGAGCAGCUGCACCACCAUCAACGUAGAGCCCGGCGACGUGCUGCUUCUCCCUGCCGGCUACGCACACAGAGCACUGCAAGAUGCGGGAGGCUUCACAAUGGUCGGUUCCUAUCCCAUCGGCGCAGAAAAGUGGGACAGUGAGUAGUCUUUUCACCCCUCUCUCUUCUACUUUGCAAGGCACUGCCCAGUGACACUUGCUACUCAUUUGCGCGUAGUGCGAUUUCCAAACGUCAUGGGUUGUCCCUUUGACAUUGAAAGCAUCAAAAAGCUCGUCAGUUCGACCAAGAGAAAG